AUGUUUCUCUUCCUUGUUGCUUUUUUGCCAGUGGUUUUUAAAAUUGGUUUUGUCAGCCUCUCAGCUCUGCAGCACUGGAACUGUCCUAAUGGAUACAGAUUAAAGCCUGAAAACUCUGCUUGUGUAGAUAUUGAUGAGUGCCUUGAAGGUGGUUUGGGAACCUGUGGCCAAACCUGUAUCAAUACUCCAGGGUCGUACAUCUGCUCCUGUUUGCCUGGCUACUCCUUGGGUAUUGACAAGCAGUCUUGCUAUGUGAACGACCCAGCACCAUUCCUACUUUUUAGCCAUGGAAAUGACAUCUUUAGAAUUGACACUGAAGGGACAAAUCACGAAAGAUUGGUUUCUGAUACUGGUCCAUCAACACUUAUGGAUUUUCAUUACAUAGAAGAGAAAGUGUAUUGGGUAGACUCCGAAAGGCGACUACUUCAAAGAAUUAAUCUAAAUGGCACAAAACAAGAGAGACUAUGUUACAUAGACAAAGGCAUUUCAGGAUUUGCUAUUGACUGGAUAAGUCAAGACAUUCUCUGGGCCAACAGACAGAAAGGAACCAUAGAAGCAACUGACAUGAAUGGGAAGAAACGCCGAGUUCUUCUGAGAGCUGUUGGUCGUCCCACAAGGAUUGCCAUUGAUGCUGAGCAAAGGCUGUUAUUUUUGUCUUCAGAUGGUUCAGUUUCCAGCAUACACCGAGCGUCCCUCAGGGGAAGUGAUGUGAUAAAUAUUUUGAAAACUACAGAAAAAAUAAAGACCAUCUCACUAGAUUUGGUUGACACAAGGCUCUACUGGAUCCAGCAUGACCACGGGAAAGAGAUUUCCCACAUUGGAUCAUGUGACUAUGACGGUGGGGCUGUUCGUUUCCUCAGAAAUUCUGUCCGACAUCAAUUGCUCAGUAUGUCUCUCUUUGCUGAGCACCUGUACUACUCAGAUUUGAAGUCUGGCAUGAUAUGGAGAGCCAACAAAUAUACUGGGAACGUUGUAGUCACAAUUAGCCUGAAGCCAUCAUUUUUCCCACCAGUGGAAAUAAAAAUAGUACACCCAUUUAAGCAGCCAGGUGCAAGGAUUGGUUCUCAGGAUUUGGAAAAAGGAAUCUGUGAUUUGAACAGAGAAAAGUGCAGAAGAAGAAUCUGCAGGCCAGACUUAAGGAGUCAUCGGUGUAAAUGUUCUAGUGGCUUUAUUUUAAGUCGAAAUAAACAGUUUUGUGAAGACAUUAAUGAGUGUGGCUUCUGGAACCACGGCUGCACUUUGGGCUGUGUGAACAUCCCUGGCUCCUAUUACUGCACCUGCCCUAGAGGCUUUGUUCUGCUGCCUGACAGGAAAACGUGCCAUGAGCUAAUUACCUGUACAAGUAAUGACACCGGAUGUAGUCACGGCUGCCUUCAAACAUCCAAAGGCCCUGUUUGCUUUUGCCCAGAAGGAUCUGUGCUCAAAGUGGAUGGCAAAACAUGCACAGGUUGUACAUCUCCAGAUAAUGGUGGCUGCAGUCAGAUAUGCUCUUCUUUAAGCCCAUCCUCCUGGGAGUGUGCUUGUUUUCCUGGAUAUAAGCUUCAGCGGGACAGAAAGCACUGCACUGCUAUAGGUCCUAAGCCAUUUUUGUUAUUUGCAAAUGGCCAAGAUAUCCGCCAGAUCAGUUUUGAUGGAACAGAUUACACAAGUUUACUUGACUGGCAGAUGGGAGUAGUCUUAGCACUGGACUCUGACCCGGUGGAAAAUAAGAUUUACUUUGCCCACACUGCCUUGAAAUGGAUAGAACGAGCUAAUCUGGAUGGCUCAGGUCGCGAAAAGGUUAUUCAUGGAGCUGUGGAUACACCCGAGGGCCUUGCUGUGGACUGGAUUAACCGUAAAUUGUACUGGACAGACAGAGGGAAGGUGAGCAUUGAGAGGAGCAAUCUGAAUGGAAUGCAAAGAAAAAUGAUCAUCUGGGAGGAUCUCUCACAGCCCCGAGGGAUUGCCAUUCACCCAUUUGCUAAGAGAUUAUUCUGGACUGACAUGGGGGUCAAUCCGCGGAUUGACAGCUCUUCGUUAGAAGGCUUCGAUCGCCGGGUGGUAGCCAGCACUGGCCUGCUGUGGCCCAGUGGAAUAGCCCUGGACUACUUGGCUGACAAGGUGUACUGGUGUGAUGCUAAACAGGCCGUGGUUGAGAGCGCAAACCUGGAUGGUUCUGCUCGUCGAAUUCUUGCACAGAAUGAUGUAGGGCACCCUUUUGCUGUAGCGGUGUUUGAGGACCACCUGUGGUUUUCUGACUGGGCUAGGCCAUCUCUAGUGAGGGUGGACAAGAAGACCGGCCAAAACAGGGUACGUCUGCGAGGCAGCAUGCUGAGACCCUCUGCAGUGGUUGUAGCUCAUCCUUUGGCGAAACCAGGGGCAAAUCCUUGCCUUUAUGAGAAUGGAGGCUGUGAUCACAUCUGUGAAAACAGUUUUGGAAUUGUCCACUGCAAGUGCUAUCCAGGAUUUGUGAAAACUCAAGGUGGAAAAUCCUGUCAUGCUCUGGAUUCUUCCAACUCAACAGCAGGAAGUGUCUCUGUGCACAAGGAGAUAAUGCCAAUGCCACCACCAGAGACUGUGCUCCAGAGCACACGGAGUACUGGGAUUUUUAAGGAUGCAGACAAUGGGGAAAAGCAGAAAAUAAUUUCUUUUACAGCUGAAAUCAUGGUAUCAGAUGAAGAUGACUGCACUGCACUAGAAUGUUAUGUCAAUGCAGAAUGUGUUUUGCUGGAAGAUGGUGCUAUGUGCCAGUGUUUGAAAGGAUUUACCAGGAAGGGGAAAUCAUGCUAUGACGUGGACGAGUGCGCGGUGCGCGCGGACCGCUGCAACCGAAGCGUGUCCGACUGCAUCAACACGGAAGGGGGCUACGUCUGUCGGUGCCUGGAGGGCUACACUGGAGAUGGAGUCCAUUGCCAUGAUAUUGAUGAGUGCAAGACGGGGUCCCACACCUGUGGAGAGAACAUGACCUGCACAAACACAGAGGGAAACUUCACUUGCUCGUGUGCUGAUCAUGCUUCAGGAACUGGCGACGGUUGCAAAUCUACUGUUCCCCCAGCUGCUGUCAGCAGUGAGUACCCUACAAGGGCUGUGCAAGGUGAUGUUGUGGGAUGCCCUCCUUCCUACGAGUCCUACUGCCUCCAUGGUGGAGUGUGCAAUUAUGUUUCUGACCUACAAGACUAUGCCUGCAACUGUGUGACGGGCUACGUGGGCGAGCGCUGCCAGUUCAGCGACCUGGAGUGGUGGGAGCAGCACCGCGCCGGCCGGGCCAAGGUGCGGAGCAUCGCCAUCACCGCGGGCGCCGCCGCGCUGGCGCUGCUGCUGCUGCUGCUGGCCGCCCUGGCCGCCUACUGCCGCAGAAGUCAGAAUUUGUAUAAGAAGAAUCUCUGUGCAGAAGUGAUAAGAGCCGCCAGCAGCCGUGCUGACAACGAGAGCGUAACACCUACUGGCAACAACUCUCUGUUUGCGGUUUUUAAGGAGGGUAACAGUUCUCUGGAGACUAAAGCAGUUGAUCUAAUUGAGUGUGAGACAGCAGAUCCUCAUCCUGCCUGUCCUUCAGGAUCUGAGGAAGAGCAGCCUGUAACACGUGACAGAGCAGCAGAGACUUUGGCAGAAGAGGAGAAAGAGCAAGGCCACCGAGAAGAGGGUCCUGCUGGUGAGAAAUCGUGCCAGUCCACGGCAGCGGCAAAGGGCCCUCCCCAGGCUGCCUGGAGCAUCCAUCCCAAUCCCCUGCCAGAAAGGGAUCCUUGCAAUCUUGCCCCAGCCAGCUUGCUGAUGCAGCCAGACUAGAAGCAGUCUGUGUUUGAAUGGGAAAAGGAGGAAGUCAGCAAAGGAUGGGAACUCACAAACAUUGAAGCAACUUUUUUUUUUUUUUCCCAUUAAAAUCUGCUUUAGAAAAACCCCACCAUUGUUCAGAACAAAACAAAGUUUUUGCCACUCCUUCCGUCAUCUCUGCUUGGAGGAAUUACUGUGAGGAACGUGUUGGCAGUGAGUCCUCUUUAAGUAUCACUGCUGCUAACUUCAUUGACUGCCUCCUCAUUGACUGGGAGGAAAAGAGUCAAGUGGAUGGUUUACCAGUGAUAAAUAUUUUCUAAGGGAGCUUGUUGCAAGUAGUGAUCUUUACACACACAGAGUUUAGAAACUGCCAAGAAAAUGGAACACAAGGACAGAGAAACAGGAAUGGAGGAUAAUGCAGAAAAAUUAGUUCAAAAUUACCUUCCUAUUAAAAGAUUUUUCUGGACACUAUAUGCCUCUCCCCAGUGCUGCUGGAAGACCAGUUCAACUUCUUGGAUGCCACCUGAGAUGUUCUUGUGUCUAGCAAGCACCAAAUAGGAUCUUGAAUUGCUCAGGUUUUGUGUACUGGAGGAUGGUUUGCAGGCACAUGCUAUUAAUCAUGGGCAGCAUUUGAGGGCAAAGGUGAUUCCUCCAUUUCUUUCCCAGCCUACACUGGUCCUUCAGAGCAUAACAAGAUUAUUUCUGGGCUGAGGAAGUGGGUUUGUGUCUGCCCUCUGCCCUGCGGAGAGGCACGUGCUGGAGCUCUCCUUGUCUUACAGAGGAGUGCCUGGCACCAAAACCUGGUCCAUUAUAUGGGAUGCAGUGUGAGGAAAGAACUCCAGUCAAUUGCUGUUCCAAAAGACCAGGAGGAGUGGGACAAAAACACAAAAAAGCCACCUCAGUUUGGACUGACUUCCACUC